CUGCCAUGCCUCCUCCGACAGCCAUCCACAACCGCGCGGUGCCCAUCUCGAUGAGUGCUCGAUACAGCGACUUGGCCAUCCUCAGCCCCGCCGACGGACUCGAGCAUCGGAUCUUCCCGGGGGUGGUUCCUGGACCCAUGUCGAUCGGUGCUAUCUACACGCCGAUGGCCAUCGGUCUCCCCGGAGGCCUGAUUCCUACCUACUCCAUGCCGCUCGACAACACAAACGGCCGAGGCUUUGCCGAGACCAUCAUCCAGGGCUCUGGCUGCUAUUCCACCGGCUUGGUCGAGCGCAUUUGAGAUGACAACCGCAAGGUGCAACUCGUGCGCUCGGGCUCGGUUACCAUGAACUUUUCGACCCGCAGAGUCUCCGCUUUGGCCGGUCUCUCCCUGACCCAGUCCCUUGCAUUUCACUCCUUCGCUUCAUCCCCCCCCCGCUCUGCACUGGAGCAGUACCUCCAUAUUCACGACGCCCUCUACCAGGGUCCAUCCAUCCAUCUAUCUAUCCAUCCGUCCGCCCAUUGCAUCAAGUACCGCAUAUUUUCUGUGCCUAGGGCAUCGUGUCCUGCCAAUACGCUUCCCUCCUUGCCUUAUCCACAUACGCAUCCGUGUAUUUUUACUGGCUCUCUUGCCGCUCGCCUCCUCUGCCUCCUGUGCAGAUAUCGCUGUGUACUAUUGUUAUUUCGUAUCAUUGCAUUUUCACAUUACUUUCACACUAUUGCAUCUGUCUGCACUAUUGUACCUUGCAUCGUUUUCUCUGUCAGCACAUUUCAUUCUGCACUAUUUGAAGCCUGCAUUAUUGCCAUGUACUUUUCCGUCCUUUUGUCCGCAACCCAUCGUAUCCAGACGUGCCAUCAUGCACCGCCUGUUUCUCACCCUCACGCUCGCAUCUCCCUCCGAUUCUGGCUUGAUUCCAUCUGCCGCUCGAUGGCAGCUUUCAAAGCCCAGCAAAGCAGCAACCCACCCAGCGCUGCUUCUCCAUUGACUCGCCUUGCCUCACCAUCCCUGAUCCAACCUAACCCAACCCAACCCAACCCAACCCAACCCAACCCAACCUGAUCCGAUCCGACCUGCCUGAUCUCGUCGCUCGAUUCGUCAUACAUUCUGUAAAAUUGAACUGGGGACAUUCAGUUGAGUCCCCGAGAUGUCAAUCAAAUAAAAGUGGGGCAUCCAGAACA